CACCAGUGUCUUCCACACGUGGGGGCGGGAGGUCUCAGCUGUGGCGGAGGCCCUGAGCGCUGUCCUUCACUUUAUAACCUGCCGACGUCUGGACGUCCAGCAUGGGGAAAGGGUAUGGAGCUGAAAAUGGAGGGAAGAGGAAGAAGAAGGACAAGGAUUUGGAUGAGCUGAAGAAGGAAGUGGCCUUGGACGACCACAAAAUUACCCUGGAUGAUAUGGGAAAACGCUACGGAGUGGACCUAACACGGGGACUGACCAAUGCCAGAGCUGUGGAGAUUCUAGCCCGAGACGGUCCAAAUGCCCUGACGCCUCCCCCAACCACCCCCGAGUGGGUCAAGUUCUGCCGUCAGCUUUUCGGCGGCUUCUCCAUUCUGCUCUGGAUCGGUGCCAUCCUCUGCUUCCUGGCCUACAGCAUCCAGGUGGCCACUGAGGACGAGGCGCCCAACGACAACUUGUAUCUGGGUGUUGUGCUGGCUGCUGUGGUCAUCAUCACCGGCUGUUUCUCCUACUUCCAAGAAGCCAAGAGCUCUCGAAUCAUGGACUCCUUCAAGAAAAUGGUGCCACAGCAAGCGCUGGUGAUCCGGGAGGGGGAGAAGAUGCAGAUCAAUGCUGAGCUUGUGGUGCAGGGAGAUCUGGUGGAGAUCAAAGGGGGAGACCGCAUCCCAGCUGACCUUCGAGUGAUCUCCGCUAGCGGAUGCAAGGUGGACAACUCCUCUCUGACGGGAGAAUCCGAGCCUCAGACCCGCUCCCCAGAGUUCACGCACGAAAAUCCUCUGGAGACCCGCAACAUCUGCUUCUUUUCUACCAACUGUGUCGAGGGUACGGCCCACGGGAUCGUCAUAGCCACAGGUGACCGAACUGUGAUGGGUCGCAUCGCCACUCUGGCAUCAGAGCUUGAAGUCCGCCGUACCCCCAUCAACAUCGAGAUCGAGCAUUUCAUCCACAUCAUCACAGGCGUGGCCGUCUUCCUGGGCGUUAGCUUCUUCAUCCUGUCGCUCAUCCUGGGCUACACCUGGCUGGAGGCUGUCAUCUUCCUCAUCGGUAUCAUCGUGGCGAAUGUGCCUGAGGGCCUGCUGGCCACUGUCACUGUGUGUCUGACUCUCACUGCCAAGCGGAUGGCCAAAAAGAACUGCCUGGUGAAGAACCUGGAGGCCGUAGAGACUCUCGGCUCCACCUCCACCAUCUGCUCCGACAAGACGGGCACGCUGACCCAGAACCGCAUGACCGUGGCCCACAUGUGGUUCGACAACCAGAUCCACGAGGCUGACACCACCGAGGACCAGACUGGUUCAGGUUUUGACAAGAGCUCUGCUACUUGGGCUUCUCUGUCUCGAGUGGCCGGCCUGUGCAACAGAGCUGAUUUCAAAGCUGGACAGGAGAACUUCCCCAUCUUGAUGAGGGAGACAGCGGGGGAUGCAUCAGAGUCGGCGCUGCUGAAAUGCAUCGAGCUGUGCUGUGGGAGCGUUCGUGAGAUGAGAACCAGGAACCCCAAAGUGGCGGAGAUCCCCUUCAACUCCACCAACAAGUACCAGCUCUCCGUCCACGAAUCGGAGGACAAUCCCUCUGGUCAUAUUCUGGUCAUGAAGGGAGCACCAGAGAGAAUCUUGGACAGGUGCAGCACCAUUAUGGUCCACGGCCAGGAGCAUCCACUCGAUGAAAACUGGAGGGAUGCUUUCCAGAACGCCUACAUGGAGCUGGGAGGACUGGGAGAGAGAGUGCUUGGUUUCUGCCACUUGAAUCUGUCUUCAUCGCAGUUCCCCCGAGGAUUCACCUUCGACUGUGACGACGUGAACUUCCCCACCGAGCAGCUCUGCUUCCUGGGCCUCAUCUCCAUGAUUGAUCCGCCGCGUGCUGCUGUGCCUGAUGCAGUGGGUAAAUGCCGCUCUGCUGGUAUCAAGGUCAUCAUGGUAACUGGAGACCACCCAAUCACAGCCAAAGCCAUCGCUAAAGGUGUGGGCAUAAUUUCUGAGGGCAACGAGACAGUGGAAGACAUCGCUGAAAGGCUGAACAUCCCUCUGAGUCAAGUUAAUCCCAGAGAUGCCAAAGCUUGCGUGGUGCAUGGCUCUGACCUAAAGGACAUGAGCACCGAGUAUCUGGACGACCUGCUGAGGAACCACACUGAGAUAGUGUUUGCUCGCACCUCUCCCCAGCAGAAGCUCAUCAUAGUGGAGGGCUGCCAGAGACAGGGGGCGAUCGUGGCUGUGACGGGUGACGGCGUGAACGACUCCCCGGCUCUGAAGAAAGCCGACAUCGGCGUUGCCAUGGGGAUCGCAGGCUCUGAUGUGUCCAAGCAGGCGGCUGACAUGAUCCUGCUGGACGACAACUUUGCCUCCAUCGUAACCGGUGUAGAGGAGGGUCGUCUCAUCUUCGACAACCUGAAGAAGUCCAUUGCAUAUACGCUGACCAGCAACAUCCCCGAGAUCUCGCCCUUCCUCCUCUUCAUCAUCGCUAGCGUUCCUCUUCCUCUGGGGACUGUCACCAUCCUCUGCAUCGACUUGGGCACUGACAUGGUUCCAGCCAUUUCAUUGGCUUAUGAGACUGCUGAGAGCGACAUUAUGAAGCGCCAGCCCAGGAACCCGAAAACAGACAAGCUGGUCAAUGAACGCCUCAUCAGCAUGGCCUACGGACAGAUAGGGAUGAUCCAGGCUCUUGGAGGUUUUUUCACCUACUUUGUGAUUUUGGCUGAGAAUGGCUUCCUCCCUGCCUUCUUGGUGGGGAUUCGAAUCAACUGGGACGACCGUGACCUCAAUGACCUUGAGGACAGCUAUGGACAGCAGUGGACCUACGAGCAGAGGAAGAUCGUUGAGUUCACGUGCCACACCUCCUUCUUUGUCAGCAUUGUGGUUGUUCAGUGGGCCGAUCUGAUCAUCUGUAAGACUAGGAGGAACUCUCUCUUUCAACAGGGCAUGAAGAACAGGAUCCUGAUCUUUGGCCUGUUUGUUGAGACGGCUCUAGCUGCCUUCCUUUCUUACUGCCCUGGGAUGGACGUUGCUUUGCGCAUGUACCCCCUGAAGACCCUGUGGUGGUUCUGUGCCUUCCCAUACAGUCUUCUCAUCUUCGUUUAUGAUGAGGUCCGUAAAUUCAUUCUGAGGAGGAGCCCUGGAGGUUGGGUGGAGCUGGAGACGUAUUAUUAACAUUCAGAAAAUGUCAGUUUGAAUUGUGCGUCUGUGGUUGUGUUCGUCUGUGUGCGUUUGUGAGGGUGGAGCCAUGUGUGUGUCUAUGUACGUCUCUGUCAGUUGUAAUAUUGCAUGGAUCAGUUCACAAAUCUGAUUAUCAUAAAAGCACUGCUGAAAAUAGGCUUUUGAUUGUGCUUUGAGUUUUUCCUUUCUGUUUUCUUCUGAAAACAUUUCCAGCUGAUCAGUGCUGUUGUACACUUAUGUGCCUUAAGUGAAACUGCUACCUAAGCGAUGUAUCGUCACGUUUGGCUACAGAGGAUCGAUGAAUGUGAAAUGUACCAAAUAAACUUAUUCCAAAAUA